AUGGCUGUGAUAGCACUCAAGUGCCCUGAUAUUGAAGUAGCAGUAGUUGAUAUCUCUGUACCUCGCAUAACAGCCUGGAACAGUGACCAGCUCCCAAUCUACGAGCCAGGUCUUGAUGAUGUGGUGAAGCAACGCAGAGGCAAGAACCUCUUCUUCAGCACUGAUGUGGAAAAACACGUUUGUGAGGCUGACAUUGUAUUUGUCUCGGUCAACACCCCAACAAAGACCCGUGGUCUUGGUGCUGGUAAAGCUGCUGAUCUCACAUACUGGGAAAGUGCUGCCCGUAUGAUUGCUGACGUGUCAAAAUCAGACAAAAUCGUUGUUGAGAAAUCAACUGUUCCAGUGAAAACCGCUGAAGCCAUUGAAAAGAUUCUGACACAUAACAGCAAAGGGAUCAACUUCCAGAUCCUUUCAAACCCGGAGUUUCUCGCUGAGGGAACCGCAAUUCAAGAUCUUUUUAAUCCCGACAGGGUUUUAAUCGGAGGCAGGGAAACCCCAGGGGGAGAGAAAGCAAUCCAAGCUUUGAAGGCCGUGUACGCAAAAUGGGUCCCGGAUGAAAACAUCAUCACAACAAACUUAUGGUCCGCUGAGCUGUCGAAACUUGCUGCCAACGCCUUCCUGGCGCAACGUAUCUCAUCCGUUAACGCCAUGUCAGCGCUCUGCGAGGCGACCGGUGCGAAUGUUAGCCAGGUGGCGUAUGCGGUUGGGAAGGACACUAGAAUCGGUCCGAAGUUUUUGAACGCGAGUGUUGGGUUUGGUGGGUCUUGCUUCCAGAAGGACAUUUUGAACUUGGUGUACAUCUGUGAGUGUAAUGGUCUCCCUGAAGUAGCGGAAUACUGGAAACAAGUCAUAAAGAUUAAUGACUACCAGAAGACCCGUUUUGUGAACCGGGUUGUGGCGUCUAUGUUCAACACUGUUUCCAACAAGAAGAUUGCGAUACUUGGGUUCGCAUUCAAGAAGGACACAGGUGACACCCGUGAAACACCAGCCAUUGAUGUUUGCAAGGGUUUGUUAGGUGACAAGGCUUUGUUGAGUAUCUAUGAUCCACAAGUGACGGAGGAUCAGAUCCAGAGAGACCUUUCCAUGAAGAAGUUUGACUGGGACCACCCUCUUCACCUUCAGCCAAUGAGUCCCACUACUGUGAAACAAGUAGGUGUUGUUUGGGAUGCUUAUGAAGCCACCAAGGAUGCUCAUGGUGUUUGUAUUUUGACUGAAUGGGACGAGUUCAAAAACCUUGAUUUCCAGAAGAUAUACAACAACAUGCAGAAACCUGCUUUUGUGUUUGAUGGGAGAAACGUUGUGGACAGUGAGAAACUGAGAGAAAUCGGUUUCAUUGUCUACUCGAUCGGUAAGCCACUUGAUGCUUGGCUCAAGGACAUGCCUGCUUUGGUCUAA